AUGGGUCCUGUCACCCUGCUGGGCCGCCAUCCCCAAGCACUGCAGCCUGGGCUGGCCAGGCGUCCAGGGGAGCCAGCAGACGCUCCACCAGACCAUCCUGUGCUGAGCCCCUGUAGCCCGCAGGAGCCCCUCCUACACCCCAGCCCAGGGGGCAGCCUGGUCAUGCCCUGCCCAGCUGCAGAUCUGAGCGCCCCCCACCAGCCUGGGCCAGCAGCCUCCCCUCCCAGCCCCCGCGCUAAUGGGGAGCAGUUUCCACUCAAGCGGGUGGUGACAGGACCUGCCACCAAGGAACUGCCCUUUGAUCUCUGGUCGGCAGGAAGCAGGGAUCAAAAGGCCCUGCAGGGACAGGAGAGCAGGAGGCGGUGCAGGCCCUGUACUGGGUGGAGCUGCCUGCCAAGGUGGGGGUGCCCCCUGCCCUUGCAGGAUCACAGCCUUUGCAGAUGUCCUGCUCUGAGCUGGCAGGUCCUGGAAGGAGUGAACAAGCUGAGAUCAGUGGCCCCCAGCAUCCUCCUGUACCGGUUUGGAGGCCCGUCGAUUUAUCGGGGUUCCCUCUGGGCCAUCCCUACCAGAGGGACCCUGUGUAGCUUCCUCAACUGCCCCUGCUGCAACCUCCUUCUGGGCAGCCCCUCCGAGCUCCGAGGUGAAGGGCACCCCAGUGGACUGCUCCCGUCUGCCGUGUUGCAGCAGGUGCAGCAGAGGCAAAGACGUCAGCUCUGCGCAAGGCGUGAUGGAUCGCCCUUCUGGCUGCUGCUAAGGAGCCUCCUUUGCCCUCAGACUCACAGCCCGCCUGACCUUCAGGCCAAGCCCUGGGGGCCUGAGCACAGAGCCGGGACCCCUCCAACAGGCCCCAAGGACUUUCCAAAGGGGAACAGAUCGUGGGGUGCGACACCAGUCCCUGCACCUGCUCUGGGAGGUUGGUCAGGGAGGAGGCGGCCCCCCGGCUUCCAGGCAGAGGACCUGGGGCCCCUGAUUGCUGUCUGCACCCCACCCACCCCUGGGGGCUUCCCAAGGCCCUAGUAACUGGGACAGGGACUAAGAGGAACCCAGGUGCUGAAUGCACUGCUGUGCCCACCCCUGAGCCUUCCAUCUAGAAAUGGACCAGAGGAAGGUGCCCUGCCUGCUGGGUGGGUGAGGGGAGUGUCUGCUGCUCGCGGUGAGGCACUGCCGGCUCCUGGCACAUCUCAGCGUCAGCCUCCGCCCCUCGAGGUUCCCCAGCCUGGGAACUGCUCCCACUGCAGGGUAGCAGUUUGCAUCUUG